AUGGAAGUUGCUAGCCCUCACCUGGAAGAGGAGCUCACCUGUCCUGUGUGCAGUGCCACCUGUGGUGACCCCGUGACCCUGAAAUGCAGCCACAGCUUCUGCAGACCCUGUGUCUCCCUGGAAGAGCCCCACGAGUGUCCCAUCUGCAGAGGCACAGAGCCCGGUGAGAUGCAGCACCCUAACCUGGCUCCAGGGUGCCUGCGUGAGACCCCCCUGCAAGAGAGAGGGCCAAAAGCUGCCGCCCCCACCAUCACCGCCACUGCUGCCCCACGAGGUCCUGGGUCCCGGGAGCCCUGCAGACUGCACGGCCAGGAACUUGAGCUCUUUUGCCUGCAGGACCAGGUGCCAGUCUGCGAUGAGUGCGUUUCGGGCCCACACAAAGAUCACAUGGCCUGCCUUGUGAGGAAGGCCGUGCGGCAUCGGAAGGAAGCACUCAGGACUAUGCAAAAGACUCUGCGAGUAAAACUGGGAGCUUUCAGAGCGGCUAAAGACAGCUGUGAUCAGAGGGCACAGCUUAUCAGGAGCCAGUUGCUGGAGACAGAGAGGCGGAUGAGGGAGGAGUACGAGAGACUCCACGAGUUCCUGCGAAAGGACAUGGCUGCCAGUCUAGAUGCCCUGCGCUUGGAGGAGGACCAGAUGACCAAUAAGUUGACAAUGAGGACAGAGAAGCUUGAGAAAGAAAUCGUGUCCCUUUCAGACAAGCUCCAGUCCAUCAAACAGGCCAUGGAUGAUCAGGACAUCCCCUUCCUGCAGAAUUACAAAGACACAAAGAGCAGGGCCCAGUGUACAGUGCAGGAUCCAGGCAGGCUUUCAGGAGUGCAGAUUGAUGUGGCCAAACACCUGGGCAACCUGAGACUGAGAGUGCUGAAGAAUAUGCUGGCGCCCGUGGUCCUGAACCCCAACACAGCGCAUCCCAGCCUCUCAGUCUCCGCUGACCUGACCAGCGCCAUGUGCGACAAGAAGGAGCAUCUCCCCAAUGACCCCGGGAGGGUUACUUCCAUGCCAUGGGUGCUGGGCUCCGUGGGCUACAGCUCGGGUAGGCGUACCUGGGACGUCGAUGUGGCCGGUGUGCCUGCCUGGGGGGUGGGCGUGGUCGGGGAGUCCGUCUGUAAGGGCGGAGCGGCCACGCCCGGGCCGGAGCUGGCCGCCUGCUACGUGAUGUACAGGGAUGGGGAGUACACCUCAAACCCCCCAGUGAGCCUGGCGGUGUCAGGGACCCUCCCGACGAUCCGGGUGCAGCUGGAUUUUGACAGUGGAAGCCUCUCUUUUUGUGACCCCCAUGAAGACAGGCCUCUGGUGGUAUUCCCGCUGAGGGAGAAGGUGUUCCCGUUUUUUUCUGUACACCCCACCUCCGAUGUUCCCCUGCGCAUCAGUGGCAUCAGGCUGAGCAUCUACCAUCUUUAG